AUGGCAGCUUUCAUUGUGGACCACGACCUUCAAAAGCCCAACUUGAAGCAUUUCUGUAAAAUCUGCAAAAAAGGAUUUGGGUGUGGGAGAGCCUUGGGCGGUCACAUGAGGGCUCACGGCAUAGCCGAUGAUUCCACCUCUCCCCAUACAAUUGACGACGACGAUCAUGUCUCUAACGAUUGGGACGACACUCAUCAUAAUAAAUCCAAUCUGGGUCCCACCAAUCGUCGUAUGUACGCCCUACGAACCAACCCAAAUCGUCUUAAAACUUGCCGCGUGUGCGAGAAUUGUGGCAAGGAAUUCUUAUCUUGGAAAUCCUUUCUUGAACAUGGUAAAUGCACCACCACCUCUGAUGACCUUGACUCUCUUCUUUCUUCCCCGCCUUGCUCCGAUGACGAUGAUGACGACGACGAUGAUGACGAUGAAUGUAGCGGUGCGGUGAGGAGAGGUUCGGGUAAUCAUAGUAAUAAUAAUUGGUUGAAGAGGAAGCGAUCUUUGAGAGUGAAAGUUGGGUCUCCGGCUUCUAAUGAAGAUGAGGACCUAGCUAAUUGUCUUAUUAUGUUGUCGAAUGGCGCGGUGGAGCCCAUGUUUGAGGAGGACGAGGCGGAGGUAGAGGUCGAGGCCGAGGCCGAGGCUGAGGAAUCCUGUGCUUCCGCGAGUAAGGAAGAUCAUCAUCUUAUUCUUCACCACAAUAAUAAUCACACUAAUAUUAGAAAACCCAUAAAUUUCAUACCGCCGCUAUCUUAUAGACUUCCGGAUCAAGACAAGCCAAAAGCAGCUGCGCCUAAGGGUAUGUUCGAAUGCAAAGCGUGUAAGAAAGUAUUCAACUCGCACCAAGCCCUCGGAGGCCAUCGGGCUAGCCACAAGAAAGAUUCAUUUUUUCCUACUAAACCCAACAAUAAUUCAUACGAAUUGGGGAGUUCUACCAUGGCUUCCAGUUCUAAGAGGAAAACCAAAGUACAUGAAUGUUCAAUUUGUCAUAGAAUUUUUUCUUCCGGCCAGGCAUUGGGUGGUCACAAACGUUGUCAUUGGAUUACCUCUAAUGCUGCCGCCGAAGCCCCACCUCCGCCUUCUAUUGCAAAGAUUCAUCAAUUUCAUGACCACAGGGUGCCUCCUCCUCCCUUUGAUUCAAAUUCAACCGUUGUCCUCCCGCUCGACCUUAAGCUUGAUCUCAACCUACCAGCUCUGGCCGACGAGGUUCGUCGCCCAGCCUUCGAGGUUUCGACAGAGAUUUACUUACAGUCGUGGAUUUGUAAAAACAAUAAGGUGGAUGAAAAUGACUCACGAGAACAACGACGACGGCGACAACAACAACAACACCAAAACAACAAUGAAAACAAGGUCAGACCAGUAAUUAUAGCUGGCUGGUUCGAAGUUGGGAAAGGGUUGAAGAACUCCGAGAAUCGAAACAAAGUUAACACAGUUUUAGGGUUAUUGAAAGUAUUGGCUGAGGAUUGCUUGUCACCUACCUUUCAGUUUACUCUCUUUCUCUCUCUAUCACGUUCAAAGGAAAGGGAGGAAGGAGGAGAAGAUUCAUACUCUGUUUUAUUUUAUCUUUUUUUUUUUUUUUUUUUUUUUUUUUUUUUUUUUUUUUUUUUUGUCUUNGCAAUGGACAGGCACAAGUGUAGGCUCUGCUUCAGAAGCUUCUCUAAUGGCAGAGCUUUGGGAGGUCAUAUGAGGUCCCAUAUGGUGAACCUUCCACUCCCACCAAAACCAGAGGACCCCCCAUCGCCGCCGCUGUUGCCGCCGCCGUCGCAUCUCCAUCUCAGUGAAGAUGCUGCCGACUCUGCUUCUUUCCUCUCCUCCCCCUCUUCAUCGGAAGGUGAUGCAGAGGAAAAGGGUUUGUCUUAUGGGUUGAGAGAGAAUCCAAAACGGAGCAUUCGGAUCGGAGAUCCUGAAUUCUCAUUCGCCAUCGAUGCUGGCUCUGUUGUUCUGCAAGACAGAGAAAGCGAAACAGAGUCCUCGAAGAACCCAACUCGGAGAAGAUCGAAGAGGACGCGUAAACCAGAUCAUAAUCACCACCAUCACCACCAUUACAAUGGUUUUAAGAGACUGAAUCAGCCGGAGUCGUGGACGGAGACGGAACCAGUGAGCUCGAUCUCCGGUAGUACGACGGAGGAAGAUGUCGCGUUUUGGCUGAUGAUGCUUUCGAGGGAUAAAUGGACGAAGCAUCAAAGUGGGUAUGGACGACGGCGAGAGGUUGAGGAUGACGACGACGACGACGACGACGACGACGACGGAGAUGACGACGGAGAUGACGACGACGAUGAAGAAGAAGAAGAAGAAGAAGAAAUGGAAGAAUCCAUGGAGGAAACCGAUGAUUCCGAGGCGGUGAAACUUACAAGAAAUCGAAACAGAGGGAAUUACAAAUGCGAAACAUGUAAUAAAGUGUUUCGAUCUUAUCAAGCACUUGGUGGGCAUCGAGCAAGCCAUAAGAAAAUCAAGGUUUCUGUAAAUUACGAGAAUCCCCAAUUGACGACGGAGCAAGAAAAUGCAGGUACAACAACCAUGGCGGAAAGGAAAAUUCACGAAUGCCCUGUUUGUUUCAGAGUGUUUUCUUCCGGCCAAGCUCUCGGCGGCCAUAAGAGAUCUCACGUCACCGGAUUCUCAUCGGCGAAUUCGAGAAUCCCGGCGAAGAAGUUCAGUGACAGUUUGAUAGAUCUUAACCUCCCAGCUCCUUUCGAGGAAGACGAUCUCAGCCAAAUCGAGCACUCGGCGGUUUCUGAUGCGGAUUUCGUCAACGCCAUUAGGCAAUAAAAGCUCCUCCGAUCAAAAUUCCGAGGUAACUAAAUUUAAAAAAAAAAUGAAAAAAAAAAAAAAAAAAGAAGAGGAAAUUUUGACCUGUUACUGGGUAUUGAUUGAUGAUGAUACAUCAAAUCUGAUGACUAUUUUAUAUGGUUCAAAGUUUGAUUAAUUAGAAUUGGAAUUCUCAUCUAA